AUGGAAGAAUUGCCACCAAAACAUGGCGCCGAGACGACAAAACGAAAAGUUGCACACUCGGAUGAGCACGGCUUCUCCGACCAGGUUCGAGUUCCCAAUGUAAUUGUGAUGGUCGGUUUGCCGGCGCGCGGAAAAACCUACAUCUCCAAGAAACUGUGCCGGUAUUUGAAGUGGACCGGGUUCAAAACCAAGGUUUUUAACGUGGGAGAAUAUCGGAGAACUGAUGCGAAUGCGGCGGACGCCGUGCAUGGAGCGAAUGCCUCAUUUUUCUCGCCGAAUAAUGCGGAUGCGUUGAAAGUCAGAGCGUAAGUCAUGUGGCUCGGCUCAUAAAUCAAAUUUUUUUGCGAAAAAAAUAUAUAUCUAAAUGCAAGCGAAAUUUGAUGGAUUAUGGGACAAUUCAAAAGGGAAAAAAAACAAAUAAAUUUCAGUGAAUCUGCUCGGCGAGCCAUGGAAGACAUGGCGGAUUAUUUGAACAGUGGCGCUGGAAGUGUGGCAAUUUUCGACGCGACAAACACAACAAAAAGUCGACGAAAAACAAUUAUUGAUUUUUGCACACAGAAAAGGUUGAUUUAUUUGAUUAUCAAACUAUAAACAAAAAAGUUUUUUCCAGAAUUCGCUGCUUUUUUAUUGAAUCUGUUUGUGAUGAUCCAGAUAUUAUUGAUAGCAAUGUAACAGAUGUUAAGGUAACUUUAUUACUUUUUUUUGAGAAAAAAAAAUGUUUCCAGGUAAAUUCGCCGGAUUACAAAGGCUUGAUGACUGCUGAACAAGCCAAAGAAGAUUUUAUGCGAAGAAUCGAGAAUUAUAAACAACAAUAUGAGCCGCUUGAUGAAUCCGAGGGGGAUCUUUUGAGCUUCAUCAAGGUUAUCAACGCUGGAAGAAGCUUCAAAGUUCAUCAAGUUCGGGGACAUGUUCAAAGUCGAGUUGUUUAUUUUUUGAUGAAUAUUCAUUUGUUGCCAAGGAGUAUUUAUUUGACAAGGGUGAGGGGGAAUUUUUUUCAAAAAAAUCGAUUUUUAUUGAAAAUUAAAGUUUUUAGCUACAAAAUAAUUUUUUGCUCGAUUAUUUUUGUCAAUUUUGAGAUGAAUUUCGAUUUUUUUUGAAAAUGAGUUGAAAAGUUACCGUAUCUUAUUUCCUAUUUUUUACGAGUUACGAUAACUGUUUUCAAAAAAAUCGAUAUUCAUCUCAAAAUUUUCGAUCAAAAAAUGAUUUUGUAGCUGAAAACUUCAAUUUUUCAAUAGGUAAAUUCAAAUUUUAUUGAAAAAUUCGAAGAAAUUAGCCACAAAAUCAUUUCGAGUAUUUUCGGCCAACUUUGAGAUGAAAAUAAUGACGAUUUUUUGAAAAUUACAAUUUUUCAAAUUAAAAAGUUACCCUAACUUCUCAAUUUUUCCAGCACGGUCAAAGUGAAUACAAUUCAAUGGGUCGCCUUGGCGGCGAUUCUCCACUAACCUCAGACGGUCGAAAAUACGCCCUAGCCCUUGCCGAAUUUUUCGAAGACGAAGAAGUUCCCGGCCUCCGCGUUUGGUGCUCUCAAAAAGUCCGCGCCGCCCAAACAUCUCAACACCUCAAACCCGAUUUUCAUACCGAAUAUUGGAAGGCGUUGGAUGAAAUUGAUGCGGGAAUAUGUGAAGGAUUAACUUAUGAUGAUAUUCAGCAAAGAUAUCCAAAACAAUCAGAAGAUCGUGCUCAUGAUAAGUAUCAUUAUCGUUAUCCAAGCGGUGAAUCCUAUGAAGAUGUUGUUUCACGAUUAGAACCGGUUAUCAUGGAACUCGAAAGGCAGGCGAAUGUUCUUGUUGUCUCACAUCAAGCGGUUCUUCGAUGUAUUCUUGCGUAUUUCUAUGAUCGCCCACUUCCAGAACUUCCAUAUAUUGAUAUUCCUUUACAUUCAUUGGUCAAAUUAACACCGCGUGCUUAUCAUUGUGAUUCGACGAUUUAUUCGUAUGAUAUUGAAAAUGGAAAAUGGUCAAAUACAAGUGCACAAUUACCAUUAUGCGAUUCACCAAGAGAUUGA